UUUGAAUUGGAUAGUAAUAUGAAUGAAAUAAAAGUGAGGGAAGGCCUAAUAACAAAAAAAACUCCCACCAUAAAGAGAUGGAUCGUAUUAGUAACAAACUGACUUUGAAAAUCAUUUAUUUUUUGUUGUUCGAUGUAAUACAUAAGCCAACACAGAGAAUUACAGUGUAACAGUUUCAAAUUUCGACUGUGUUGUAAACAUUAGUUUGUUACUGGGAUAACUUGUCUUUUACUCUCUGUAAAGGCUGUAGAAAACAGUGAUCAUAGCACAAUGUCCUCAAAUAAGCAGAAAGUGUCAGCAGAGUGGAAGAAGCGGGUCAAGUCUGAGUAUAUGCGCCUCAGGCAGAUCAAGCGGCACAAGCGAGCAGAUGAAGUUAAGGUUGCAUGGAACAAUAACCAGGCCAAGAUGGAAGAUUUACUGGUGGAGGAGCAGAAGAAAUGGCUUAACAGUAAGGCACAUUGGGUACACCAGAAGGAGCCUCCAUCUCAUGUCUCCUGUAUGAAAAAGGCGGAGGUGUCGAGAUCAGAUGGCCAGACACUCAGUGUACCUAUCAAGGUGAUCAAUGCAGUGACGCCUAUUCCUACAAUGUAUACCUGGGCCCCCAUUCAGCAGAAUUUCAUGGUGGAGGAUGAGACAGUUCUGCACAACAUUCCGUACAUGGGGGACGAGAUUCUGGAUGGGGACGGGACAUUCAUUGAAGAGUUAAUAAAGAACUACGACGGAAAGGUUCAUGGCGAGAGAGAAGCUGGAUUCAUAGACGACACUAUCUUCGUGGAGCUUGUCAAUGCUCUGGUGCACUUUCAGGUCAAGGAUCAGGAGGAAGCAGAAGCAUCAUCAGACAGUGCCAAGGCAGUGCCCGGGCCCUCUACCCCACAGAAGAGCACCAACAAGACAUCAGACAAGUCGUUCCCUGCUCCAGUCAUAUUCCAGGCUAUCUCAGCGAUGUUCCCAGAUAAAGGAAAACCUGAGGAACUGAGGGAGAAGUACAGGGAGUUGACGGUGCGGUUGGACCCGAAUGCACUGCCGCCUGAGUGUACACCAAACAUUGACGGCCCUACGGCAGAGUCAGUACCUCGUGCCCAGACGAUGCACUCGUACCACACACUCUUCUGUCGCCGCUGCUUCAAGUACGACUGCUUCCUGCACAGACUUAAAGUUCAUCACCCAGGACCCAACCUGGCCAAACGUAAAGGUCCUGACCUUAAGAUGUCAUCGGAACCAUGUGGUACGGAUUGCUACAUGUUGCUGGAAGGUAUGCAAGAGAAGUUGGCUGCUGCUGCCAAGUCUGCGGCUGCUGAGCAGGUUAGGGAAGAGAUGGAGGAGCAGAAUGGUACCAAGGGAGAGGGUUCUGUGCCACGCAAAGUGCGCAAACAGACGUCGGUGGAUUCAGGCAAUGAAGCGAGCUCAGAGGACAGCAACGACAGUAAAGAGAUGAAGAUGGAGGAGGGUGAAGGGGAGGGUAGUGGAGGAGAGAUGGUGUCACAGCAGGCCGGAGGGUUCUCCUUGUUGCCCCUCAUGGGUAUGGAGCACAGUCAGGAGUGGACCGGCAGUGACCAGAGCCUGUUCCGUGUGCUCCACAAGGUCUUUCUUAACAACUACUGUGCUAUCGGCCAGGUCAUGCUCACCAAAACUUGUCAGCAGGUGUACCAGUUUGCCCAGAAGGAAGCAGCAGACGUUGAAGUAAUGGAAUCUAUGAAGGACUUCACACCACCCAGGAAGAAGAAGAAGAAGCACCGCCUGUGGUCCAUGCAUUGUCGCAAGAUUCAACUGAAGAAGGAUAGCAGCAGCAAUCAUGUGCACAACUUUACACCCUGUGACCACCCGGCCUCUCAGCCCUGCGAUCUCAACUGUCCCUGUAUUGCCACACAAAAUUUCUGUGAGAAAUUUUGCCAGUGCAGUUCUGAUUGUCAGAACCGGUUCCCUGGGUGCCGCUGCAAGGCUCAGUGUAACACCAAACAGUGUCCCUGUUACUUGGCAGUGAGAGAGUGUGACCCUGAUCUUUGUCAAACCUGUGGUGCUGACCACUUUGACAUCCAGAAAAUUACCUGCAAGAAUGUCAGUGUGCAACGUGGCCUGCACAAACAUCUUCUGAUGGCACCCUCAGAUGUGGCUGGCUGGGGAAUAUUCCUGAAGGAUUCAGCUCAGAAGAAUGAGUUCAUCAGCGAGUACUGCGGAGAGAUUAUCUCCCAGGAUGAGGCAGACCGAAGGGGCAAGGUUUACGACAAGUAUAUGUGCAGCUUCCUCUUCAAUCUCAACAAUGACUUUGUAGUGGAUGCCACUCGAAAAGGGAACAAAAUCCGCUUUGCCAACCACUCCAUCAACCCUAAUUGCUAUGCCAAGGUCAUGAUGGUCAACGGAGACCAUCGCAUUGGGAUUUUUGCCAAGAGGGCUAUCCAGCCUGGCGAGGAGCUGUUCUUUGACUACAGAUAUGGACCAACAGAACAGCUCAAGUUUGUGGGAAUCGAGAGAGAAAUGGAGUUCUUGUAGGUUUCCACCCACCACUGGCAGAUCUUAAGUUUUAUAUAUGUGGUUACCAACUUCUGAAUUUUUUCCUAAAAUCAAUGCUAAAUGUUUGACUUGUUUUAAACACUUUUUAAAGGUUUAACCUGACAUAUAGAUGUUUUUUAAUCGAACAAUUGUUUUGGAAUGUUAUAAUUUGUCAUAGGUGUAUAAGUAAAAUGGUAAAGUGUACUUGUUUUAAUGUUGUUAACGACUAUAUCAGUACAUUCCCAAGGGAUCAUCAUAAUGGUAGUUCUUUUACUAUUAAUUGUGAUUUUUAACUUAGUAUUCUAAUAAUUUGAAUCAGUAAUAGGAAUUUUGGUAAAACUAUUUGGUACAUUACAGUAUCUGGAUUUCUAGAUGAUUAUUUUUAUUGAAUAGUGUUUUAUUAAUAUCAGUGUGUCAGUAGCUUAUAAUUUCCCAUCCAUUGACAUCAGUACCAAAGAGAGAAAUUUCUUUGGCUUUCUCUAAUCUAAAUGUUAAUGUUUCACAUUUUAAUAUUUUUCUGUUUUUAAUACUAUAAUAUUAUUUUAUACUUCAUUUUAUAAUGUAUCGUAUUUCAAUGUAUAUACCUUUUUGUAUUUGAAAUUUUUGACAUAAGUUAUGCAUUCCAUUCACAAUUUUUACUGGUCACUUUCCAUGUACUGUGAUAUUUUUUUCUUUUAAAGUUUCUCAAUUUUAAAUAUGUAUUGAAUGUCAUUACUGAACUAAUUGAAUUCAUUUAAAUGGGUGUGUUUAGGUAUUCAAAUAAAUUUUGUAUUUUUCACAUAAAAAUUAAGAAAUAGAUUAAAUAUGCAACUACAUUUUUAGAUUAUUAAUGUACAAUUAUAUAAUAAAGUUAUCAUGUAACUUGUCUGAAUUAAUAAAAUUUAUACUUAUUGUUAAUUAUACCUAAUAUGCUUUUAUCAAUGUCAGAAGUAAAUAUGGUUUUAUAAAUAAAAUAUAAUUGCCAUUGGAGUAUUAAUCCUAAUAGUAUUGUAAAUGUGAAAGUGCCUUUGUUUGUUUGGUUAUCACGCCUAAAUUAUCCAACUGAUUGUACUGAAAUUUUACAUGAACAUUCUUACGCUUCCUGGAAUGAAUAUAGACCUAUUCUUAUUUUGAAAGAAUAGACUGUAAACAAACUUUAAACACUCUGGGCUACAUAAAACAAAACAAAAAUGCCGGAAACUAAGGCCGGACUAAAUUACAUUGGCCUUAAAUAUACACUUUUUCUCAUAAAUUCUUGAUUGUGGCAACAAGGCAACAUUGGCGUUGGAAAUAUAGUUCACUCUUACCAGCAAUGGUCAUACAUGUGCAAUGCCUACUAAAUUGUGUGCAAAACAGCAGGUAACUACUAGCAGUGCAGAUAUAAGAGACAAUGUAGUCUAACAUUUACUAUACAUUUUAAGACCUAUCUUAGUUGUCUUUUAGAAGUAGGCUUCUCAGAGCUGAGUAUGUAUAUCCAUUUUCCUUAUCAGAAAUCAAGGCAAAAUCAACUAUCAAGCUAAAUAUACUUAGACUGAAGUAAAUUACAAUAGCCACAAAUAUACACUUUUAUACAUUUUUUCUUGGUCGUGGCAAGAUAGCAAACUCAAUAUUGGCGUUAGAAGUAUAAUUCACUCGAACCAGAAGUGCUCAUACAAGUGGGAAACGUACAAUAUUGUGUGCAAAGCCACAGGUGACUGCUAGUAUCUGUAAUAAAUUUACAAUAUUUUGCAUUUCAAAGUUGUUAAAAGAAAAUGGAUUAUAUAAGAAAUCUAAAUUGAUUUGAAACACUUUUGAAUUAUUGUUAAUUAUGUUACUUAAUGCAACCUAUUAGGUUCAAAUAAUAUGGCACACACAGUGUAAUAAAGUUUUAAUUUUAUUAAAUAGUUAGAAAAUCAGAAACUUCUGAACGGUUAGCAUUAAUUUUCAGACUUCGAACUAAAAUGUUGUUUUAGUACAUUUUAGUCAAAAAAAAAAGUUUUGUGAAAUUUAAUAGGGUUAAAAUAAUGAAUAUAAUUCUUUGAGAAAUUGAAAAAAAUCCAGAUUUGAUUUAUGAAAAAUAUUUUAUAGUUAAAAUCUUAGUAAUUAAUUAUUGAAAUUCCCAUUUUUCCAACUCAAAACAUUAAACAAAUUUAUUGUAUUAUUCAUAAUGCAUUUCAUACUAUAAUUCUUACAGUCCCAGGCUGAGUGAUAAAAUUCAGCGUUUGAACAUUUUUUUAUACAUAGACAAAUAGUUUAUUAGUAUAAAACAGUAUUUUUUUAUUUGUAAUAAUCUUUUGUUCUUUGUUUGUAGUUCGUAGAUGAAUAGUUUCUUUAAAGUAAAACAUGUUUUUAUUUGUAAUAAUCUUUUGUUUGUUUUUAGACAUAUAAUGCAUGAUAUUAAUCUUUAUAUUUUCUUAUAGAGCGCAAAUUAGCUUUAAAAAAAUAAAUAUUAAUUUGCAUAAAGUUCUAUUCAAAUUAAGAUUUCUAAAGAUAUUAUAGGAAGUAAAAACAUUAAAAUUUGUUUUUUUUUUACAAAUGUAUAGAAAAUAAAACAUAACAUUUUUCAAUUCGCUGAAAACGGAAAAAAACCAUCAUAAUAAAAAACAUAAAAUUGAAAUCUUAAUUAUAGUCAUUCCACAGUUACUCUAAAUAAUGUUAAAAUGUAGAUAUAACACACAAUUCCGUCGGUAAACUUUAACUUGCACCAGUCGAAUCCUCUACACAUAAAUAUCAAUUCAAUUUAAAUUCGUAAUAUUACUCUUUGUCAGCUGAUAUCGAUCCAAAUGCCGUACAGCAUACAGCUGACAGACUAUGCAGCUGGUGACGCGCUGCACGGCCUUGAUGAUCUUUGUUGCUAGGUUAUUAUUAUUUAGGCUAAUUGUUUAUAAUUUAUUGUUAUGUUGUGAAAUGGGUGAUCCUUGUCGUUCAAAUGAUAUACGUGAACUAUUGGAUGAUGAAAAUAUUAGUUCUGAUGAUGAAAGUAACAUCGGCAAAUGAAGUGCAUAAUGAUAUUUCUUUGUCAGAUAUGUUGUCAGGUAAUCUGAUAAAACAAGUAGUACAUACUUUACAUUUUUAUCAAAAAACUUGUUUGUGUUGUAAAUAUGUGUAGAUAUGUUAUAAUCAUUUUGUUCACUACAAAACUGUGUGUAUCUUGUACAUUUACAGUAUCUUACUAUCUCAAGUCAUGUGUAUGUUACAUGAAGUGGAACUUAGAAAUCAAACAAUUUACAAUACACAUUUUUUAAUUUAUGUACAAAUAAAAAAACAUUACUCAAGUUCAUAUUUUUAUUAUUUUAAAAUUUUCUCUGGUUUCUAACAAAAAAAAUCUAUACAAUAUAACACUUAUUAACUUAGCAUUGAGCACAUUUUUUUUAAAAUAUGCUGUGCAAAGACAAAAACCAAUGUACCAUUCUGAAAGUUUCUUAUUUUCAGUCGGAGAGUUAAGGUAACAGUUUGAUGCAUUUCAUUAUGUUUUUACGAACUACAGUUUGUGACCAUAGAUAAUAUCUUCAAAAGCUAGAUUUGUCGUCAUACGCCUGUGGGAGUCAUCUUUACCACACAGAAUUUCCUGUGGUACUCGUGAGAUGGGUUAAAAUUAACAAGCGUUUUUAUUUCAAAUAAUUUUUUAUCCUUUGCAGUUUUUAGACAAAUAGUUUCUUAAGAUUAAAACAUGUAUUUUUAAUAAUCUUUUAUUCUUUGUUUGAAGUUUUUAGACUAAUAGUUCCGUAAGACUAAAAAGUGUUUUUUAAUUGUAAUAGCCUUUUAUUUAGUAAAUAUACAUAAUAAAUAAUGCCUCUUGUUCAUUUGUAAUAUUUUAUCAGGUUUUUCGAUGUUUUACAUAACUUCAGAAUGUUGGUAACAAGUCACUAUUUGACUAAAUUAUUUUUAAUUUGUUGACAGUAAUGUCCUUAAAUAUUUCUUUUAUAAUAAAUUUUUAUGACAACAAA